AUGGAUGAAAGAAGUCCGAACUUUAUCCCUUCUCAAGAUAUUUCAACAAUAGAUGCAGAACUAUCAGAUAUUUCUUUUAGCCGCAGUUUAUCUGAAGACAAGCAUGAAAUUCUCAUCAUGACAAUCGAUAUAGGUGACGGAAGAUCAGAUGAUUUAACGGUUCACGAAGGAGAUAAACCUGAAAUUUUAGCUGAGCAGUUUUGUCUUAAGCACAACUUAGGAGCUGACGUAGAAGAAGCUCUAAAAGAGCAAAUUGAAUAUAAUAUAUACUGAUGAGCCCUAAGAAAAAAUAUUCAAUCAGAUUUCAAAAUUAUGUGGGAUAAUAAUAGCAUAAAUUGUCAAAUUUCAUAUUUAAUUUAAAUUGCCAUAAGUCUUAUUGUAGAAGAAGAAAGGCAAGCAGCAUCUCUAUUAUUUCAAAAUCAAGGAAGCAGCAGGAUGAAUAAAAAAAGCCCAGAAAAUUCUCAAUAUAGAGGACGGCAAAAUUAUCAGCCUGAGUCGCAAAAUCAUCAGCCCAAAAUAAAUGAGCAUUCAAGAAAGCUUAUCGAAGGAAAAUUCAUAGGAAAUGUCUAUGAUCGAUUGCAUAAAAUUGGUCAAAAACAUAGCCCAAAAAAAGAAACAGAAAAGCCUAAACCUAGAUCUGCGUCACAAAAGCCUAUUAAUAAUAAUGGUGAUAAGCUUUAUUACAAAGGAAUCAUGCUGAAAGAGAAAACUGAGAAAAAAAUCCAAAAAAUUAAGCAAACGCAAUUAGAUGAAGCCAUGAAAGAUUUGACAUUUAAGCCAAAAACUAACUCUAAAUCGCCAAUUUCUAGAAACAUCUCUCACUUAUUGGAAAAAGGAAAAGAAAAAGAGCAAAACAUUGAAAAGAAAAGAAGUCAAAUAUUAGAGGAAGAAAUGAAAAAAUGCACAUUUGCACCAGCUAUCAAUCAAAAGAGCUCAGAAAUGGCCAGGUUUAAAUGCACAUCUCCUGAUAGAUUUGCAGCGCUUUAUGAUAACGCAAGAGUUAAAGAUGAAAAGAUGACAAUUUUUUCUCAUAAUGUGUAAAUUUUAUAUAGACUGAGAUCAAUAUGCCCUUUUGCUCCAGAUACAAGCUUAACCAGCAAAGUGAAUAAAUCAUUCAGCAAAACUGAAAAAAGCAAAGAUAAGCACCCUCCUGAAAUUUCUACUUCACAAGAAAACACUGAUCCAGUCACAGGGCAGCCUUUCUUUAGGCCGCGCAUAGGAAGAGCUCCUGCUAAAAGAGAUGUAAAAGAUAUUGGGGAGCAUUUAUAUUCUUACGCUAAAAAAUCAAUCUCGGUUGAAAUAAAAUCACAGUCCCCUAAACAUUUGGGCAACAUGACCUCUGAAAAAAUUGUGGAAAGAAUAAAAUAUUUGAGACUAAAAGAGAUUUUCGAAAUGAUGGAUCCUGAUGAAAAUGGCAAUAUUAGCAGCAGGACAAUAGAAAAAUCUAGCUUGCCUCCAACUAUCAGAGCAAUUUUGUACCCUUUAAUAGAAGAGCUGACCAAUAUGAAUGAAACUCUAAAUUUUGACGAAUUUUUGGAAUCUGUAGAAUUACUGCUGAAAACUCUCAGUCCAGGUGAAAAAAGUAUUUUAUUGAUGUCAAAUAAGCCGAAGCCCCAACAGCAGCCUCAGUACACAUUUAAGCCUUCAAUAAAUACCUCAUUUUCCCAAGACUCUACAGGAGAGCCUAUUUAUGUGAGAAAUGCCAAAAAGCUCGAAAUAACUCAAUCUAAGCUUAAGAAAGAAAGAUCAAUAAAAGAAAUAACAGAAAUGAAUCAAUGCACAUUUUUCCCUCAGACAAAUAAGCAAAAAAUCCAUAAAGACCAAUCAGAAUCCUCAUUUUUAGAUGCAAGCUUCCCUGUCACUUUUAUUGGCAUCAAUAAUUCUUAUUGUUUAUAA